AUGGGCAUCAUUUGUGUUACCGAUAAGAAUGUUGGAGGAGCAAGAGCUCAUCAUCAGCCAUUACCAACACCAGCAAUACUUCAUCCCAAAAGAGCUGUUGCAAAACCUCUUGGAGAGAAUGCGUCCAGCAACUCGACGCCAAAUCAAGCCGGAUCAGACCCAAAACUGAAUGGUGCUGCUUCCCCUCAUACGAGCAAAUUUCAAAGUCCUAUUACCACAAAAUAUGCAAUCAAAUAUCAUGAAGCGGUAAAUCUAGAAGCAUCAUUGUUUUCAUCAGUGUAUAAGAACCAGAAGUAUCUAUUAUGUACAGCGGUGCCUCCAGAGAUUCCGUUCUAUCAAACCGAUAUCAAAGUUGAAACUAAUCCGUCCUUAACUUCAUUCUAUACAACUUUGUUUCAAGAAAGGCCCUCAAAGAAAAAACAAAAUAACCUGCUACAUAUUGUUUCGUCAAGCGACAGCUUUGAUAUUGCAAUGGGAGAAGAUUUUAGGAAUCAUCAAGAAAAGAAGCAAGAGUUUGUAGAGUCGCCAAUUCCACUUUUUAUUUGCAACCUGGUCAAACACAACGAUAAAGUGGGAGAAGACGACUUUUCGGUUCAUGAAUUUAUAUUUAAUUGGAAAUAUACAAAGAGAGAGCUAAUUCCAAUUACCGGAGAAGGAGAAAUCAACUUGGAGCCAGUCAAACGAUUGGAGCCAAAAGAACAUGCAUUCUAUACAUCAGAAACGCCGCUGUACAAUUUCAAAGAUCCAAAUUUUCAGAAAUGGCAGAAGAAGCACGAGUUAGAGAUUCGUGAUGAAGAAGACGCCAUCGAUUUCUUACAGAGGGGGCUAAAUGCUGUAUGGGCGUCAGUUGACGUCAAAGCAACGAACUAUCACAGAGCUGCAGCAACAACAGUUUUGGAAGCGAAGAAUGACAGCUCCUUUGGAUUGGUAACUCUGUUUAUUGCUGUGUGUCGAGCUAACGGAAUUCCUUCCCGAGCACAUUUUGGAUACCAAUGUUCUUCAGCUGAUAAGAAACGAGAACAUAAGCGAUUGCUUAAAACUGGUAUUUCUCCUUCCCUCAUUUAUACAGAAUUUCAUUCCAAAGCUGAGGUGUGGAUUGAUAAUUUGGGGUGGAUACCGGUGGAGGUUGCAGAUAAGGAGAAGGGAAUAACCAAUGCUGAACCAAUCCCCUUUUUAACGUCACACUUUUUCGACAACCUGUCCAUGGACAUGCGACCAUUUACAUCGAGAUCUUCUACCCUUAAUUAUUGCAGUGCGAACGAAUAUAAAGGUACAUCUGACGAAAUUAAGACUAUAUUCAAAACUCCAGAAGAAGAAAAGUUUGAUGGAGCAAUUGUUAAGCUUUGUAACGAUUUUUUAAUGUUGUGGCAAGCAGCAAGAAGGAAGAGAUCCAUGGACAUGCUGAGACAAACUUUUGCUAAGUUAUCAAACGGGUUAAGGGAAGAGUUUCACCAAGAAUGUACAGUAUUUGAUUCGGUGUUCUUCCAGGGCUACGACAUAACAUUUCUUCCCUUCAAGGUUACCUCUAGGAAAACGAACAAAGAUGGAAUUUGCCAUUCCACUAUCAUGUUUACAGAUUUACAAACAAUGGAAACAGAAGAAUAUAUAAUUUCACUUGACAUUGAAGACGAUUUCAUUGCAGACAUUAACAUUGCUCCAUACCUAGCUUGCACGAAGAGGACAAGGUAG